AUGCGCAGGCAGGGCAUGAACACGGGUGCCUCCUGUCCCGUGCUGGCUGCCGACAGCCACAGCCCGGGCUGGGGGACUUGGAAGGGGAACCCACAGAGGAGCAGGGAGGCCAGCGGGUUCGGCAGCGGGCUCGGCCCAAACAACACCGUCUGUGAAGAUGGGAACUUGUGCAGCGCUUGGAAGCAUCUGUGUGACAACUCCACCUUCUGUGUCAGCGCUCAGGGCUCAUACACAUGCCACUGCCUCAGAGGCUUGGUGCCCAAACCGGGGUUUCUGAAUAAACAAAGGACUACCCAAUGCGAAGAGAUCUCUUUCCCCGCCUGGACCCCUCCCCCUGGGAUCAAGAGCCAGAGUCUCUCCCGCUUCUUUGAAAAAGUCCAGAAUCUCAGCAGAGACUUCAAGUCUGCCUCGCCCCAGGACACCAUCAAGCACAUCAUACAGGGGGUGGAUGAGCUGCUGGAGAAACCAGGCGACUUGGGUACCUUGUCCCGGUCAGAGCAGCACUAUGUGGCCACUAACCUGCUCAGUGGCCGGGAGGACGUCUUGAGAAAGCUGAGCAAGAUGCUGCCCAAUGAGCCAUGGAGCUUCAGCAGGGCUGCGGGAACAGGGAAGUAGUGGGAACUGUCCCUGGAGGUGAAGGAGCGAGGACAAAGGAAUGUCAGCUUGAGUGUCAAUCAGGCAAAGAUGCUGCUGAGCUGGGAUAUGGUGCAGGGACCUGGUGACUCAGGCCCUUCUGUGGUGGGCCUCAUCUCUACUCCAGGGAUGGGCAGCUUGCUGGCUGGGGCCCCCCUCGUCCUGGAGACUGAGGGGCAGGCAGUUCCGCGUGAGACCCACAGGGGCUUGCUGCAGGGGGUCCCCCCCGUCCUGCUCUCAGAUGUCAUCUCCGUCUUUGUGAGCAACAAGCACACCCAGAACCUCAGCUCCCCAGUCAGCUUUGUCUUCCAGCACUCGGAGACCCCUGGGCCAAGGCAGCAGGUGCUCUGUGUGUUCUGGGAGCAUGGCCAGAAUGGGAGUGGCCACUGGGCCACCGAAGGCUGCAGGAUGGUGGGCAGCAGCGGCACCAGCACCACCUGCCAAUGCACCCACCUCAGCAGCUUUGCCGUCCUCCUGGCCCUGUACGAUGCGCAGGAGGAGGAUGCCGCCCUGGCUGUGAUCACCCAGGUGGGGCUGAGCCUCUCCCUGCUGUGCCUCCUCCUGGCGGCCCUCACCUUCCUGCUGUGCAAAGCCAUCCAGAGCACCAGCACCUCCCUCCACCUGCAGCUCUGCAUCUGCCUCUUCCUGGCGCACCUGCUCUUCCUCACGGCCAUCGACAGAACCGAGCAUAAGGUGCUGUGCGCCAUUGUCGCAGGUGCCUUGCACUACCUCUACCUGGCCGCCUUCACCUGGUUGCUGCUGGAGGGCCUGCACCUCUUCCUCACCACACGCAACCUGAUGGUGGUCAACUACUCCAGCGUGAGCAGGUUCAUGAAGAAGUUCAUGUUCCCUGUGGGCUACGGAGUCCCGGCUGUGAUUGUGGCCAUUUCUGCAGCUUCCAGGCCUCACCUUUAUGGAACAGCUGCCCGCUGCUGGCUCCACCCAGGAAAGGGAUUUCGAUGGGGCUUCCUUGGACCCGUCUGCGCCAUCAUCUCUGUCAAUCUAGCUUUCUUUCUGAUGACGCUCUGCAUUUUGAAAAGCAAACUCUCUUCCCUCAACACUGAGGUGUCCACCCUGCAGAAUACAAGGAUGCUGACGUUUAAAGCAAUGGCCCAGCUCUUCAUCCUGGGCUGCACGUGGUGUCUGGGAGUCCUGCAGGUGGGCCCAGCUGCCCGCGCCAUGGCCUAUCUCUUCACCAUCAUCAACAGCCUGCAGGGCGUCUUCAUCUUCCUGGUGUACUGCCUCCUCAGCCAGCAGGUCCGGGAGCAAUACAGGAAAUGGUUGGGAGGGAUCAGGAAAGCCAAAGCGGACUCUGAGAAGUACACCCUCUCCAGCAGGGCCACGUCUGAAGCUUCCAGGCCCAGCACGGUUAAUUAAAAGGAUGCUUUGAUCUGUAUUGUCUUAUCGCAUGGAAACUCUGAAGCGUCAUUCUUUGAGCCAUUGAGAAAGGAUAAGAAAACUUCAUGGCGUGUUUCAAGAAGCCCUUCUUAUCAGCAAUGUGGCAGAAGUAACGGUGGACAUGCUUAAACUCAAUUCUUGCAAAAUCUGGCAUUUUUCUGUGCCCUACAGUGUACCCGGAAAUCUCAGCAUGUAAAAUGCCAGUGGUGGCCCAAUUCCUUGGUAACUUUGAGUUAAGUUACAGGAAAGUCCCUUCUUUCUACAAAGACUUCCAGAGAGUAAAGGUUUAUGAGCAUGAAAAAGAAUGGAAUGUUGAUGCUGUAGUCUGGAUUUCCUAUUUUUUGUUUAGUAUUUCUAUGGGUUUAAUUGUUUGCUUGUUUAAAAUUAUUAAUUACUACCGUGUCUAAGGAAGAAAUCAAGAGAGACCCAGGCAGGUCCUGUCUUCAUGGAGCUUUCAGAGGGAAAUAAAGUAAUU